AUGACUGGAUUAGAAGCAAUUGUAACCUUGGUAGGCCAAACUAUAAGAGAUCCGAAAGAAACGCUAAAAUUGGACCCUCAACCUCCUGGAACUCCUGGAAUGAAUUUGAAACUUGAGAAAAAUUAUGGCUUGGAGCUUGGAAGCGAAAUGGCACAGCGAGCAUAUUCCAUUCUUCGUCGUUUUUGUCCACACAAAAGAAAAUGCGAGCUGAUCUCCCCAUUCAAAAAAUAUUACCCCCAGUACGCGAUUGCCGGCUGGCCAAUGAGAGUUUCAUCGUGCAUGAUACCCAAGAACAUGUCCACAGUAUUAUCCGCAAUAUUCUGCUUGCUGUUCACUGAUGAAAUAGGAAAAACGAACAGCACUGUCACUUCCAUGUUGAAAAGGAACUGCGCGACCCGUAAUGAACUGAAUUCAUUUUCUCAAAUUGAAAAGCUUGCUCAUGGCAAGCGUUGGAUGAAUUUCGCGUUGGUUCGGGAUCCAGCCGAACGCUUUCUUAGUGGAUUCAUGUUCAUGUGUAGUCCGAACAACGUGGUUGAGAACGACUGUGACGGUUGCAUAGGAGAUAUCAAAUGUGCUCUUCGACAGACACUUAAAUACUCACAUCAGUUCGCAAACAAAGAUCUAUCGGCAGCAAAUUACAUCCUUUGGCAUCUAGGACCACAGAACUGGCACUGCGAUUUUCAACACAAUUUUAAAAAAUUCGAAUUGAUCCAGUAUUCACCGAAAAGGGAAGAACAGCUGGCUUCAGAUCUUCGCUAUGUACUCGAGGAGGGAGGAGUGGCAGCUUCGCAUAUUGAUCUAAUCAUUACUCAAUUAUCGAACAGUACUACACUUCACGCUACAUCUCAUCUUACUAAAAAGAACUUUUAUGAAACACAAAUGAACGAUCCAGAGGUAGAAGAGUUGUUGGUGAAGAUAUUCUUUUGGGACUACAUCCUGCUCAACUACCCAUUACCAAAUUUGCAGACGCUGGAUGAAGCCCAGCCUCAAGAACAAGCUGGAUCCCGUCAGGGGUUCAACUGCUUGGACCACAUCCAGACCGUGUCGAGGGUCAUAGAGGUUUGCCGGGAAUACCGCCUGCCCCUUGUUCUAACCUUCGUCGACUAUGAGAAAGCCUUUGACAGCGUAGAAACGAAUGCAAUACUGUCAGCGUUGGUCGACCAAGCGAACGACAUCUUUCUCUUUUCGAGGAGUACCAGUGAAGCAGAAGCGAUGCUCAACGAAUCGAACGAAGCAGAGAAGAGAAUAGGACUGCGAAUAAAUAGAAAGAAGACACAGUUCAUGAAGAACGCCUACUGCGAGGACGGAGGGGAGGAAUUGAAUAGAAGAAUGAGAGCAGCAUGGGAAGCCGCAAGGGAAGCUACGGACCAACUGACGGACCAAGAUCUUCGUGCCCAUCUGUUUGACUCGACAUUUCUUCCAGCGCUCUGUUACGCAGCGAAGACGUGGGCAGACACCGCCACCACGUCUAGGAAGCUACUUACUACCCACAGAGCCCUUGAGAGAUGUCUUCUGAAGUUUAACCGGCGCACACAACACCUAGCCGGUCUUCGCACCUCUGACUUGAAAGGAAUGUCCCGUCUUUGCCCGAAUAUAUAUCGAACGCAAAACAUAGAUGGGCGGGUCACAUUACACGAAGAAUCGACGAUAGAUGGAAGACGGUAG